UACGUCAUGCAAUGAACUAUUUGUUUAAUAUAAAUAUUCCAUUAAUAUUAACUAAUUUUAUCUCAUCACCCACGCUUAUUUUACGGAUCUCUAAACUUUUGUUUCCUCUUGUUGAGAUAAUUUUGCUUUAAUAUAAUGCUAUAACAGUGCUUUUGGAACCAUUGUUAUAAUCAGUCAAUAUUGAUAUUUAUAAUGAAUUAUAAAGUAUUAAGAUUAACUGUUUUAUUACUUUUAGUGAACAUAAAACUCGUGUUGUCGUUAUAUAGCAAAACUUGGAAUGAAAAUUAUGAAAACAAUAAAUGUCCUAAGCUUUAUCCAAAAAAUUUUGACAACCAUAUGCCAGUGGGUAAUUUAACAGCGGGAAACUAUACUGAGAAAACAGACUUAAAGGGUCUGAGACAGUGUGUGAUGGCAUGCUGUCUUGAGGACUCUUGUAACAUUGUGUUCAUUGUGGAGUCCCGAUGCUUCCAUGUAGAAUGUGUUAGCGAUGAGCUCUGUCUACCUUUACCCAGAGUUGGGAGUCGAAAAUGGGAUACACAUGUGUCAAUGAUCCUUGUAAAACCAGUUUUGUCCAAUGAAAAUUGGUCUGAUAUUUUAGAUCAGUCUAACUUUAGAGAAUUGAAUAAUAAUUUUUCACCAGAAGAUGAAUCAAUUUAUUCAUUCUCCAAUCAUCAUAAUGAUCUCACUGAUGAUGAUGAAUCAAAUUUUCUUACCCACUUUAUUAAUAAUCUGCCGAAUAUAGAAGAAGAUGAACGACAAAAUUUUGAAAAAUAUACAGACAGUAAUGAUAAUGAAAUGAUGUUGGCAUCAAGAUUCCUAGAAAAGAAUUCCUGUGAAGUCGGGGCUGAUGAUUGUCCCUAUAAUUCAGAAUGCAUACCACUAGGUCUUAAAAUGCAAAAUGGUAUUUGUAAAUGCAUUAUGGGUACAGAAGAAAAUGCACAAGGGGCCUGUGUCCCACGCAGGCCAUUUUCCAAGGGCCCUACUAUACCAAUUGGAUCUAUAAAAAAAAGUGAUAAUUUGAUAUCGGAAAUGAGAACAGAAGAUCUGAAAUCUGAUAAACCAAUAACCAAGCAAAACCUGACUGUCUCAAUUUCAUCAAAAGAAGUACAGCUUCCAGACAAUGAAGUGACUUUAGCCGCCUACACUAUACCUGAUGAGAAAUCAACCAUGAGUCACUAUAACUAUGUGUGGACACUAGUUGAUCAACCAAAAAAUGGAUUUACUGGUAAUAUGAACCAAAAUGGUGGAACAGUGACAUUGACUGAUCUCACAGAAGGGCAAUAUAGGUUCAAGGUUACAGUGAACAGUACAAAUUCAUAUGGCGAAGCUUUUGCAAAUGUGACCGUUCUACCACCGAAGCGUACCAACACACCACCGAUAGUCGUCAUAACACCACAGGCGCAGACAGUCAAACUGCCUAAUUCUGGAGCUGUUUUGGAUGGUAGUGCAAGUAAGGAUGACGAUGCAAUAAUAGCAUGGCAUUGGGAGUUGACAUCAGGCCCGAUUGGUUACCAACCGCCGUUACUAGAUGGACCCACAUUAGUCUUGAAAGAUCUAAAGCAGCCAGGAAAUUACACGUUUAAAUUGACGGUUGAAGAUUCUGACCAUGUGAAGAAUUCGACCACGGCUAAUAUAACCGUUUUAAAUCAUACGGAUUAUCCGCCAGAAGCUAAUGCAGGUCAAGACGUGAUAAUAUAUUUGCCAAAUAAUAAUUUAACACUAAAUGGAAGUUUGUCAACCGACGACCACGAGAUCACAUCCUGGGAAUGGACCAAAUCUGCCGAGGACGAAAACAAAGCUGUGGAUAUGCAAAAUACGCACUCGCCGUACUUGCAGCUGUCGAAUCUGUCGGAGGGCGUUUACACGUUCGUGCUGCGAGUGACGGACUCGUCGGGGCAGACGUCGAGCGCGGACGUGCACGUUUUCGUCAAGCCGCCCACUAACACGCCGCCCGUCGCCGACGCGGGCACCGACGCGUUCAUAUCGCUUCCUCAAACAUGGAUAAUGUUGAACGGUUCAGCGUCGCACGACGAUCACAGGAUCGUUGCGUACACUUGGCGUUGUCUCUCCGGACCCACUAACUCUAACAUUGUCGGUUUUAACGAGUCCAUCGCGAACGCGACCGCUCUCACUAAGGGGCAGUACGUGUUCUCCCUCACCGUCCUCGAUGAUAACGGAAACUCGGCCAGCGAUAAUGUUACGAUAACUGUGACUCAGAAUAAAAACAGUCCUCCAAAAGCGGACGCUGGUGGAGAUCAAGUAUUAAACUUGCCACUAUCGGUUCUUAUUCUAAAUGGCUCCAAGUCGUCCGACGAUUUUCGCAUCGUGUCAUGGAGAUGGACUCGGUCCGGAUCCGGCUUAGCAGCCGGUACCGUUAUACUACACUCAGACACAAAACCAGUUUUAAUGCUAACAAAUAUAGAACCGGGAAGAUAUGUGUUCGAACUAACAGUGACGGAUGACCAAGGCGAAUCAGACAGAGACACGGUCAGCGUCCAAGUUAAAUCCGACCCGUUGGAAAUGAAACUUCUCGAGAUGACUCUCAACGUUCCGAUUUCAACUUUCACGAAGAGUCAACUCGAUUCCCUCGUUCAAAAAAUUAACUUGCUAAUAAAAGACGACGUGACGGUUAACGUGACAGAAAUUCGAAGCGAAGUGGACACCGGGAACACAUUGAUAAUUUACUUCUUAUCGGAGAAGGGAGUGGCCAUGGACGGCAUGCGGGCGCUGAGCGCGUCGCGCGCGGCGGCGCUGGGCGCGGGCGCGCGGCGCGUGCGCUCGCGGCGCUGCCUCAGCGCGUGCUCGGGGCGCGGCGUGUGCGAGCAGGCCUCGCGCACGUGUCGCUGCGACGCCUUCUGGAUGCAGAGCUUAUUCACGCAGUUCCAGCCUGAUUCUCAGCCCGAUUGCGACUGGUCGGUGGUGUACGCGAGCGUGUGCGGCGCGGCGGCGCUGUGCGCGGCGUGCGCGGCGGGGUACGCGGCCGCGCGCGCGCUGCGCCGCCUGUGCGCGCCGCGCCGCCCGCGCGCGCGCCCCAACUACCGCCUGCUGCCCUUCGCCGACCACGAGGAGAAGCCCUUCACGAGCAAAGCCCUGUCUGAGUCCGACACCGAUUCGGACGUGCUCUACGAAACAAAAAGCAAAAUGACCUCCUUCGGGUCGCGAUCGAUGAACGGUGAACUAGCUCACGGUAACGGCUGGAAGAACGGACAUAGUAAAACGUCAAGAAAGAUAAAAACGUAGCUCCGUCACCUCGUGGCCUAUAUCCACGGAGUUUCAACCAUUAUGUGAUAGAAUGGGUUGCAUACUAAAGCCUUUGUAUCAUAUUAGACCAAUUAUGCCAUUUACUUAAUUGUUUUUUUUAACUUUGGUUAGAAACUGGUUUAACGGGACUUCAUGUAAUGUUCCUAUAUUCUAUGUUAUAUUAAUUAAUGCAUUUUCAAAUUAUUGAAUGUGAAAUGCUACGAAAAUAUUUUAUUUUUCUUAUUUAAACAUAAAAAAGAAUACUUGAUAACCUACAGGUGUUAGUUGUGGUGCUAGAUUCCGCAGUAAAUACCAAAUAAUUAAAACAUGUUAUGUGUACUUCAAUGAAAAUAUUAAAUAUAAAUAACACACAAUCAAAAUAAUAAUUUAAAAUUAUUUCACAUUCCAUUUUUUUUUUACAAAUUUAUUCAGACAUAACUUUAAAUAUGUUACUUUGGAAUAGACUAUUAAAAUAUUUCAAAUUUUGAAUGUCUAGCAUUAAAUAAGCUUAUGGUUAUUAUGUAAAUUUACGCUAAAUAAAUUAAACCUUAGACACAACCAAUCAUGGGUACAAAAACGUGUGUAGUAUGCAUCAAAGGUAUUGUAAAUAACGAAAAACCUGUUUUCUUUAACGAUGUUUACGAAAAUACGUGUAAAUUAAAGUUCUUACAAGGUCACAUUAUUCUUAAAAAAUACGCACAUAAUGGCCUUUAUUAAUUCAAUACAUUCAGUAUUCAUUUUAUCAUAAAGAACAAUUACAGUAUUCCCGCAUAAGUAAUGAGCUGUUUGUGAACUUCCAGUUUUUAUAAUAAUUGAAUUGACUUUAAUUGUUCACUUUGAGGCUUUUUAUGCACUUGUAUUUAAUUAUGUAAUUUUUACAAUAUUAUUACUGAUAAAUUGACACUUAACUAUUUACUUUUAUUUUUGUAUGUUUAUCUUAUUUUUAUUUUAUUAUUUUAUCGCUGGAAAAAAAACAUUACGCGUUUCCCCCACGGGAACAGUGGAGGUAUGUGGGACUCACCGGUGUCCAAAGCGCCAAGUGCGCCCCGAAGAUCGGAAUACCCACUAAAAAACCAGCGGUACAAUUUCCACCUUAACGAGGAGCGCUACGGGAUCGCUUGCGCGUGCUACCGUGUAUGUUUAUCUUAGGCCUAAUCUAUUUUUGGCUUUUGAAAAUCCUUAGCACAUUUUAUUUUACUGUACUUAUUUUUAACUAAAUUAAAUCAGUAGCUUGCUGUAAGGCUUUGACACACUGAUUAAUGUUAAUUAGAAAUAAGUGUUAAAUUUAGAAACAGUAGAAUAAACUUUGUCAAAAUGACAUUAUAUUCUAGUCGUAAAGAUAGUAUUACAUUUAAGUAGAGUAUUCCCAAUUUUAUAUCAUGUGAAAUCAGUGUUUAUUUUACAGUAUGAUAAUUUUAUUUAAUAAAGAAUAAAGUGCUAUAGA